CUCUUGCCUUGUUCUUCUCAGAGAAUCCCACUCUCUCCCCUACCUCCAUCUCUUCUCCUUCUCUACUUUCUCCGAUACUCCACCUCUUUCUUCACCCUACUUCGCAUCCUCCCUCGGCGACGUCGACGAGCCUUCUUCGGAAGCUGAUGAGUAUGGACUGGAAAGGGUCUUAAAAGAUGCUGCAACAGAAGACAGAACUAUUAUUUUAACUACUUUAAAUGAAGCAUGGGCAUCUCCAAGUUCAGUCAUUGAUCUCUUUCUUGAAAGCUUCAGAAUUGGAAAUCAUACUCGGCAACUAUUAAACCAUUUGGUUAUUAUUGCAUUGGACAAAAARGCAUUUAUUCGCUGCUUGGCUGUUCAUAUUCAUUGCUUUGCUCUUGUUACCGAAGGAGUUGAUUUUCAUUUAGAGGCAUAUUUUAUGACACCUGACUACUUGAAGAUGAUGUGGAGAAGGAUUGAUUUUCUGCGAACUGUUCUUGAGAUGGGGUACAAUUUUGUUUUCACGGAUGCUGAUGUUAUGUGGUUCAGGGAUCCAUUCCCAAUCUUUGAUAUGGAUGCAGAUUUCCAGAUUGCUUGUGAUCAUUACCUGGGCAUCCCUGAAGAUUUAGAUAACAGACCGAAUGGAGGGUUUGCCUUUGUGAAGUCCAAUAAUCGGUCAAUUGAGUUUUACAAGUACUGGUACUCAUCUAGGGAAACUUAUCCGGGAUACCACGAUCAGGAUGUUCUUAAUAAGAUCAAAUAUGAUCCUCUCAUCGAUGACAUCGGACUAAAGUUCAGAUUCUUGGAUACUGCUUAUUUUGGUGGGUUCUGUGAACCCAGCAAAGAUUUGAAUCUUGUAAUAACCAUGCACGCAAACUGCUGUAUUGGAAUGAACAGUAAGCUUCAUGAUCUUAGAAUUAUGAUUGAGGAUUGGAAACAAUUCAUGUCGCUGCCGCCAUAUGUGAAGAGUUCAUCAAUUUUGUCCUGGAGAGUUCCACAGAACUGCAGCAUCUGAUAUCCGUGAUGACAAUCUCCAAGCAAAUAAUCGACUAUUCAUACCAAACGCAGAGUGAUGCAUUUUGAGCCAUCAUGUUUGCAUUGCAACCAAGUCGAGUGCUGUGGGCCUCUAAAGACAUCUCUACAUUGCAACUUACACCAAGGUGAAUGUUAAAGAAAGCAUAUCCCAGUGUUGUGCCUGUAUUCUCUUUAUCUGCCAGUUCAUGUAAAUUUAUACCCGAUAAAUUUYGAUGCCAUGGUUCAAGUGACUGUACAUUGCCAAAUCAUGGAAGCCUGAAGAAUACAGCCUAACCRACAUUAGGUAGCUUGCUGGCUAGAAAAUUUGGUCCAAGAGGCUUAGGCAAAACUGUUGAGCGUUUCAAAAAUUCAAAAUAUAAGGUAAAUUUACAUUCAACUGUAAUUGGAUAAGUAAAUUUCUAUGUACAAAUCUGUUACAACUAAAA